UUUCGCCAUCUCUUUCCAGCACACUGAUCCCAUGUCGGAUAAAGAUAGUUUGGUGGCGACCCGAGCUAGAAGAGCAAAUGCAGGUUCUCGUCUAAAACAACUCAUAGAACUAGAGGAGCAAGCAUCCAGUGUCCCGAAUAUUGUAUAUUCUGAAGAAGACGAGAAUGUACAGCUUUUGUUUCAAGAAGACGAGAACGACGAGGAGUUCGAAGAGUCAGAUGAUGAUGGAUCUGAUCACAAUGAAGAAGACGAAAAUAGUGAAGAGGAAGAAGGCGAGUUUGCGCAAUACCGCAAGGCAGAAACUCAGGGUUCAAAUACUGAGGGGAAGACUCCUGAAAUAGAACUGGCGAUCAACUCUGAUGAAAUGCUAUCCGAUUCUGAUUUAUCAGCUUCCGAAAAUGAUGAAAGCGAAGGGGAAAGAGAGCUACAGAAAACAGAGAAGGAAAAAAAGCGGAAGACAAAGACCAGUAUGAUCAUCCCUGCAAUUAAAAAACCAAAGCUCGCAACAGAAAUUCCCAAACCCAAGAAGAAGAAGACGAGGCAUUCCGAACUGCUUCUUGAUAUCGAUAGAAGAGCUUCUUCAAGAAAGUCGGCCAUGAAAAAUAAGGAAAUUCUAGUACAGAAAUUGAAGGAGGAUGAGACAAGACGCGCAACCCUCACGCCGGUAGUCAGAGCUGUUGAGGCACAACUCACCCAAGAAGAAAGACUCGCGCAGGCCGUUGAGACAGAGAAAGAAAAUGUUCUAUCUCUCCAUAGCUUUCUUGAGCAAGAGAUCGUCAAGAAGGAGCACCAAAAAUUACUCUUUCAACAAAGACGACCUAAGCUACGUAACGUGAUACGUCUUUCAUCAAAGGAAGUUUUUGUUGCUCCGAUAGAUGAAAUAGAAGACGCUCGACAUGUUCAGGACCUUUUUGAAAAAAAGAAAAAAGGCCGGAGAAGAAAAGCUGGAUCUAACAAUCCCGAAGAACCGCGACCAGGAGACAUUGAUAAAGAGUUACCUUAUUACAAAAAAGAGAUGGAGGAGAAGAGAAGAAAAGAGGAGGAAGAAGCUGCCGAAAGGGAGAGGCUAGAGACGCAGCGUGAAGAGAAAAGGCGCAGAAUUGCGGAAGAAGACAAAAAGCGAAGAGACGAGCUCGAGGAGGAGCGUGAGUCUAGAAAGAUCGCAAAGGAAGAGAGGUACAGAGAGUUUGAAAACGGUGAUUUUUCUGUGACAUCCUCUAUGGAAACGGAAAACUCAAACGAUCAAGGCGAAGUUGACAAAGUGUUAUCUGAGACCCAUUAUGAGGUUCACCUGACGGAGCCAGUGGAUGAAAAACUUGCAGUUUUCAACCUGAAUCAUGGCAAAAAUGAAGGGCAGCAGAACAACGAACAUAUCUACAACGAGGAAAAUGUGGAGGGAAAAGAUAAAGAAGCAAGUGAAUUUGGCGACAAAGAGAUAUCAGAGAUACAAGGAGAACUGCAUUUGGAGAACGAGACAUCACCCGAUCAGGGAAAGGGGGUUAACAUUCAUGAUGCAUCGAAGACAACAGGUGAUGGUCGUGAAAUGACCGAGUGUUCAAUGACGGAAAAUAAACAAAAUUUUUCGAAACACACUAUUACUGAGUCUGCCAUGGAUAGCAAUGAGACAAAGGAACAAGCACCCAUUGUCCUCAAGAACGACGAAGAAUCUACAAAUGAAUCACUUGCAGAUGAAAAGAAGGUAUCGUUUGCUAUCAGCGAGGAACAUAAUCUGGAAGUCUCGCUGCAAAACGAACUGGAUGGACUGAAUUUUGCUGAAGAUACACCAGAGGCGGAUGUUUCAUACAGAGCUGAUAAAGAUGGCUUUAUAUACGAAGGUCCUGUUCAACAUGUUGGUAGGAACGAUGUCAUUCUAAUCAACUUUGACGACGAGCAGUUUCCACACCUCCAAGAAUCAAGGAUCAAAACUAUUUUGUUUGGAAAAGAUGCAAAUCUAGGGGCCUCAAGGAGAUUCAAAGAUGUCAAAACAAUCCUCAAGAGCAGCAUCAGACUGGACAAUCCUUACGCUGCUCCUAAAGGUGAAGAAGAAAACGAUCUUUUGAGACCAGUCACAGAUAUUUUAGAAAACGACGCGAUGUUCGAGGCUCUCAAAAAAUUACCGCGCCUUGGUACGAAAGAGACGUUUGAGGUGGAGGAAGAGAAUGAGCAGAAGGAAGAGGCGGCUGAGAUUCAGAUCCGUACAGAAGCACCAUCAGGCCUCUAUCUACCAAACGGAAACAAAAAGUUGUGUCUUAUAUCCGGGAAAGAGGCUCGUUAUUUCGACCCUGCCACAGGGCUUCCAUACGAGAACAAAGACAUGUAUCGCGUCAUCAAGACGAUUGAACAAGGCCUCAUACCCUGGUAUAGUAUUGGCAAAGACCAAAACACCUACGGCGAGAUUCAAAUUUAUCUUAACCACAGAAAUGGCUCAAGACAUGCCAAGGGUGUUCCUGAAGGAUUCGACGGAUGUUAAAUACAAUGCUAUAGAUUUUUUGAUACUAUACUAAUGAACAUUUCGAUCAAGGUUCUGUAUGCGAGCCUACAUAUCUCACCUGAGUCUCUACAACGUGGUGUCUUGCACGUCUCGUCCGUGUGCCAGGAUUAAAUCCAGCUGAAAUUUCAUGAGUUUCGUUCGAAGAACCGGCAAGAAGAAACGUUUUAUGUCCAGGGAAUGAUCAGAUGUGACUCCAAAAAAGUACUCGUCUUCAUCUUGAUCGUGAACAAACUCAUCGAUUGUAAUGGUCCCCAGCAAAUCUUUCUCUUCAUCCUUCUUUUUACCCUCAAUCGAAAACAGAAGCUUCAUAUCGUAAAUGCACAAUACCUUUCCUUUUCUCUGCGUGACAUCACAGUCACCUAAAACCGAGUCCACACUU